AUGAAAAUAAAGUUAUUAAUCAUUUUUCUAAUAUUGUUUAUACAUUUAUAUAGUGUUUCAUCUCAGGACCAAGUUUUAGGCGAAGUCGAGAUAUCGUCAACAAAAUUUUUAAUUGAUGCCAGUAAUAUUGACACAAAAAUCAAUUAUUUAAUUGAUAAUACAUUAUCAAAACCAAAGUUAGUUAUAACAUCAUUAUCAGGUGAUGCUAAAGAUAUUGAUGAUAUUGCUAAGGUAUCUAAAGAUAAAACAUCAAUUGCUUUUAAUGAUUUUACAAAAGAUGAAGUAUCAUUAGGUAGUAAGAUAAGUAUAAAUGGUGGCAUAAUACAUUUAUUUUUUGGUAUUAUAGUGGUAUUAUCAUUUGGAUUGAAAUCAAAAAACAAUAAUAAUAGCCACAGCAGUUUUAAUUGGUUAAUAGUUCUAGUUUUUGGGAUGGUUUUGUUUUCAAAUAUUACAUCCUCAUUGGAUUUAUUAAAAGUAUCAAUCCAAAUCGAUUUUAAAGCACCAUCGACAUAUAAAUUCGAUUCAUUAGAGUUGUCAUUGGGUAGUGGUUCAUCAAAUAUAAUCGGGUUAGUUUCAAAUACUUUAAAAGUUGAUGCUUGCUCAAAUUUAAAAGAUCAUCAAGUCAAAAUGAAUCAGCUUUCAAUUUCUUCAAGAUUGGAAGUUUGUUCAUCAAAAGAUAUUUCGAUCACAUCGUUACAAUUGGCCUCAUCAAAUGCACAAGUUAAUUUAAAUUCAACUUCUAAUAUUAACUUACAUUUCUUUAAUGGAUAUAGUGGGUCUAUAAAAGUUAAAUCAAAUCAAUUAAAUAUUGAUAGUGGGUGUAAUAUUAAAACUGUUGGUACAAGUUCAGAGGGUUCUUGCGGCACGGGAGGCUCGAACAUUGUUAUUAACUCUGGUUCAACCACGACAAUAUCAAAUGUUCAGAUUACUUGUCCUGUUGAAUCGACUUGGAGACCAACCACAUCUUCAUCAGAAUCACCAAUAUCUCCAUUAAUCUUGACACAACAACCAAAAACAGAUUAUCUUUAUGAUGAAACAAAUUUAACAUUUAUGGCACAAUCAUUGUUUUCAAGUACAAGUCUUACUGAUGGCCCACAGGGUGUUUCAAAUUCAUUUACCAUUAAUUUAGCCCCAAACGCACCAAAUAGCAAUUGGUUAGUCGGGAAAACAUCAACCCCAUCAUUAAAAGCUUUUAAUCAAUAUGAAUUCUCUCUUUCAUUAAAAUUAGGUCAAGCAUUAAACAAAUACAAUGUAAUUUCAAAUAUGACUUUAUUUUUUUACAAUCCAAAUCAUAUAACAGAUCCAAAUGCUUCAAACCAAUACUUUAAAUAUUCUCCGCGUGACCCAAUUUUUUCACAACUUUUUACUGGUGAUUUUUCUUCAUCAACAGAUUUUAAAAAAAUAAGUUUGAUUUUUACCCCAACAGUUGAUAUUGGUGUUUCAGUAAUGGCAGUUCAGGUUAACCGUACUACUAAAAAUGGAUCAACUGCUACAACUGUUUUCAUUGCAUUAGAAACUCCAACGCUUUUAAAGAAGGAUUCGGAGCUUGUUACAAUUCAGAAACCUCCAUUAGAACUAGAUCCACAAGAUACUUCAACCUGUCCAUAUAAAGAUACCGAUUUGGUUCAUUGGCAUGAUCCAUCAAUUUGGCCAAAUAAUCUUGUACCAUUACCUUCAUCAAAUAUUGUUUUACCAGAGGGUAAAAGAGCGCUCAUUUCUCCAUGUUCCAUUUCCCAAACUGAUGUUUACCAAAAAAUUUCUAUUCCAAAAAAUAGUGAACUGGUUUUUACAGAUUCAAAUAUUACAAUCCAUAUUCAUGACAUUUUAGUUUUGGGUAAAUUUACAAUGGGCACAAAAUCAUGCAGAUAUAAUUCUUAUAUUAAUAUUAUAUUCCAUGGAAGCAAAACAACUGAGGAUACUAUAUCACAACAUUAUGGAAGUAAGGGUAUUGCUGUAGAAAAGGGUGGUUUUAUUAGUAUUCAUGGUAAACAAUAUCACUAUACCUGGACUAAAUUGUCUGCUACUGUUUGGAGUGAUUCAGUUAAUUGGGAGGUUGGCCAACAAGUUUUAAUUACAACAAGUAUUUUCAAAGAUGAAGUCGAUAAUCAAAACGAGGUUUUAACGAUUGCAGCAAUUCAGGGUAAAACAAUUCAAUUUACAACACCAGUAAAAUUUUAUCACUAUGGUGGCCAAGAAUAUCAAUCAGAGGUUGCAUUAUUAUCAAGAAGAAUUGUUUUAAAUGGUGACGGUGAUGGAUCUGCUGAUAACGACUCAUUUGGAGGCCAUGUUUUGGUUGUUGGAGAGGGUCAGUUUGCUGGCAUUCAGUUGAAGAAAUGUGGCCAGACUAAUCUUAAAGCACGUUAUCCACUUCAUUUCCAUUUAGCUGGUAUUGUUAAAAACUCUUUUAUUUCCGACUGUUCUGUUACAAACUCAUAUUACCGUUGUUAUACUAUCCAUGGAACUUCUAAUCUUACCCUUUCAAAUAAUGUUGCAUUUGAUGCAAGAGGACAUUGUUAUUACCUCGAAGAUGGUGUUGAGGUCGAUAAUAAUCUAUUGUUUAAUCUUGCUGCCUAUGUUCAUCCAAUUGGCUCCCCUGCUCAGGGCAGAGAUCAAAAGGGCCAAAACUUCAAACAAUCUGACGAAUUAACCCAACCAGCAGAUUCUGCCGCUGGUGGUUUUUAUAUUACCAAUGCUUCUGGUGGAUGGGCUAUUUAUAGUUUCCCCAACCUACCAAGUCCAAUAGGUCAAUUUAUUGAUUCACCGAUAAUUCCCCAACAAUAUCCAAUUAAAGAAUUUAAAUCAAAUACAGCACAUUCCAGUGGUUAUUUCAAUCCACACACAGCAUCAAUUUAUGUUGGUGGAUAUUUAUAUUACAAUAGAGGGGAUGGAUUGCUUUAUUAUAGCAGCGGUAGAUACUCACGUCCAACAUAUAUUAACUGUUCAGCAGUUCCUGGUAACGAGGUCAGUAUAAGUAUAUCUCACUGGGGUGAGCGUGUUGAGGUUAAUAGAUAUGAAUCACAUGAUACAGUAAGAUCGGCAAGUGUUUUUGGUGAAGCAUGGUUAAACAAUGCAAUUAUCAAUGGAAGAAGUGGUAAUAUUGUAGCUCAAGGUUUUGAUGACGAAUACACUAGACAAGGUUUCCAAUUUUAUGAUACCAAUGUUAAAACAAUUCUAUCAAAUAUUGUAUUUAGAAACUAUAUUCACUUCCCAUAUGCCGCGGACCCAGAAGAAGAUAAUUGUGUAUUCAUUGGAAUGACCCAUUCUGAUGAGUUUAAACCUCAAUUUAUGUCAGUAAUUAAAAAUAUAACAAUACAAGGAACAGCGACUUCACAAUAUAUAGGACACAGGAUAAUAGAUACUGGUUCAAGUAGACAUUUUAACUUUUUAGAUUCAGAUGGAUCAGUAUUUUCGACACCAACAAAAAGAACACCAAAAAUAAUUGGAUCACACGAAAGUUUUUGGAAUUUUGAUAAUAGUUGCAACUUUAAUAGUGAUUGGCGUGUCUAUGUUUGCGAUAAAGAUCAAUAUGAAAUAUCUUAUAUUGCACCAAUAAUACCAGGAUAUAUCGAUACAGGUUUAGCCUCAGCUGAAGUUCAUGUUGGAAAUAUUUCAUUAUUUGGUUCAGGUAUAUCAGAUAGGAGAACAAUGGCCGUUACAAAAAAUCCGGGUAUCACAGGUAUUGGCAAAUUUGGGUGGUACCUAUAUUUACCGGCUGGAUCACCAACUUAUAUGAAGAUCUGGGUUGGACAAGUCGCAUUUGGUCAACAUAUCUUUUUUGCAAUGCCAUAUCCAUCAGGAACAACCUUUAGUGUUAGCUGCGAUUUCAAGGGAACAAAACUUUAUAAAAACUAUACAUUAGGUGCCUCGGCAAUAGAUGUUAGAGAUAGUGAUGGAUCAAAAUAUUAUUUCGAUGAAACACAUUUAUUCAUCAAAAUUGUAAAUUUUGCAUUGGAUGGCUCUUCCGAUGAAUACUUUGAACGUAGCGGGGCAAAAGUUUACGAUACAAUCAAGUACUAUUUCAUCCAUAUUACUGCUACCAACACCAUCACCCCUCCAACUAAACCAAUCAAUGGUUUCUUUACAAAUCUACCGGACGUAUUACCAUCAAGUACUCUUUAA